GUCAUCCUCAUCCUCUUCCUCACUACUUGCAUCCUGCUCUCAAUUCCACUGUCUGAACUCACGGCCUCAACAUGGCUGCCUCGAAUCCCACCUUGAUUUUCUGCCCGGGGGCCUGGUAUCCGCCCACGGCUUUUGAGCCCCUGGCCGCCCAGUUCCCCGACCACACCACCCAUCUCGUCGCCUUCCCCUCCAUCCAGCAGGCCACCACCGUGCAAGACCUGCAGCCCGACAUCGACACACUCCGUGACCUGGUCGAACAGGAGGCCAAUGCCGGGAAAGAGGUGGUGGUCAUCUCCCACAGUUGGUCGGGGUUGCCCGUGAACAGCGCGCUGGACGGGCUCAGCACGGCCGAACGACAAGCCGCCGGCGCGACGGGCGGCGUGAAAAAGUUGAUCUUUAUCUCGGCGUUCAUCCCGGAGGUCGGCGAGAGUCUGAUUGGGGCAUUUGGAGGGGUCCCUCCGGACUGGUACGACCGCGAUGAGGCCAACGGCACCGUCAGCGCCGUCGACCCCUACAGCCUCUUCUUCCACGACGUCCCUGACGGCGAGAAGUGGGCGCAGACGCUGCGUCCGCACGCCUGGGCGACCAAGAACUCGCCCGCCCGCAGCACCGCCUACACCCAGAUUCCGAGCGCCUACCUCCUGUGCGAGCACGACCGCGCCAUCCCCCUCUUCGUGCAGCAGUUGAUGGUGGACAAGGCCCGCGCCAAGGGCGCUCAGAUUACCACAGAUACUGUCGCUACGGGCCAUUCCCCGUGGCUGGUCGAUCCCGCCCCGGUGGCUGCCUUUGUGAAGCAGAAUCUAGCGUGAGGGAAGGCUUAAUCGUGGCGACAGCAUCGAUGUACCAUAUUGAAGAGAAUAUACUCUGUACAUGC